UCAUCUUCUGCCAAGAAAAAAAAAAUACCCAGGUUCUUUGGCCGGCUAGAUAUGGCACGGGGAAGCAGGAGCAUCAGCGAGGUUGGGUACGGUCGCCUUGGGGUUGGGCUGCUUCUGGCGAUCGUCUUGAUGCUGCAGGUCGGCAGCGAGUUGGCGGCGGCGAGGGAAUGGGUAGUCGGCGACUCGAGUGGCUGGACCUUCGGCGUCAUGACAUGGCCCAACAAGCCCGACUUCAAACGCUUCAGGGUAGGCGAUGUGCUCGUGUUCAAUUACGACCCCAAUCUGCACAACGUCAUCAUGGUGGACUCCUUCGGGUUCGGCACUUGCACUAGGCACCCUGACAACGCGACGGUGUACAGCUCCGGCAACGACCGCAUCACCCUCGGCAGCAGCGGCGUGAUCAACUUCAUCUGCGGCAAAGGGGAGCACUGCUACAAGCAGGGGAUGAAGAUGUCGCUCACUGUCAGGCAAUGAUUGAUAAUGGAAAAUUAAUAUGAAUUAAUCCGAGUGGUGUUUUCUUUCUUUUUCUUGGUUGUUUGCAUCAUCUUGAUGAGCAAUAAAAAAGAGUUCUACA